AUACAUUAACGUUAAAUUCAAGAUGGCUCACGAAAACGUUUGGUUCUCCCACCCAAGAAACUACGGUAAAGGUUCAAGACAAUGUCGUCACUGUUCCUCCCACACUGGUUUAAUCAGAAAGUACGGUAUUGACUUAUGUCGUCAAUGUUUCAGAGAAAAGGCCACUGACAUCGGUUUCCACAAGUACCGUUAAGUUAUAAGUUGCGUCGUUAACUGUGUACAAUUAUGAGAAUGAUAAAAAAUAUGGUGUUCUUGACCCAUUUCACUUGGUCAUACUACGUUUCCAGUUUAUAAAUAAUUUAAUAAACGUAUAUAUAU